GCACCUGAAGUCAGCUCCCCGUGCACUGUUCACCAAAGAAGAGCAGCAAAAAGGAGACAAUAAACGAAGUGGAUCUUCAAUACCGCAACACUGAGACGGUAUUUUGAAUUAAACCCAGAAAUUAAACCCCUCGAAGUCUAUCAGCACCAGGGGAUCGAUUAAAAACGAGAUCGCUGAUGUUUAAUAGCUGUCGGUGAUUAAAGAAGUUCCUCAUGAGUGAAACCCCAGUCUGGACCAGCAUGAACCCGGAGACCCUCCACAUAAAGGAGGAACAGGAGGAAAUCUUGACCAGCCACGAGGAACAGCAGAGUAGUGGUCUGGAGGAGGCGGAUAUCAUUAAGGUCAUAAUCACUGCAGUUCCUGUGAAACCUGAAGAUGAUGAAGAAAAACCUCAGUUCUUACCCUUUCAUCAAAGCCAAGCUGAGGACAACAGAGAUACAGAGCCUGAGAGCGAUGGACAAGAACCGAGCAGUGACCCGGAUCUUCAAAGUGAGUUUAAACCUGAUGCUGAUGAAAAGGCUUCAGACUAUUCUGAGACUACUGAUGAGUCUGGACCUGAAAACGAAGACAGCGAUGGCGGCUGGAAGGAGGGCAGGGCACUGGAGUCGGACUUAAAUAUGGAUGGGGACUGUAAUGCAGCAAAAAAAUUCUUAAGCUGCACUUUGUGGGGUCAGCAGUUUAUCUACAAGCAGUGUCUUCAGAAACAGCUGACAUGCCAUUCAGGACAAACUCCUUCCAGCUGUUUGGUUGAUAACAGCUGCGAGGUAAAGCAAAACGUAGAUUCCCAGGUGGUGGCCCCAACAGGUGUGAAACAGUUUAUCUGCGAGUUGUGUAGUGAAGUAUUUUACCGAAAAUCAGAAUUUAAGAGGCACAAGAAAAUGCACAACGGGGGGAAGGCAUUCAGCUGCGACUAUUGCGGUAAAGGAUUUAACCGAACGUCAGAUCUCAGGACACACAUGAGGGUCCACACAGGUGAGAAACCCUUUAGCUGUAGUAGCUGUGGACAGAGAUUCAACCAAAAGAUACACCUUAAGACGCACAUGAGAAUUCACACCGGAGAGAAGCCGUUUGUUUGCGAGGAGUGCGGUAAAAGGUUCAGCCAGCAGGGAAAUCUGACAACUCACAUGCGAGUCCACACCGGAGAGAAACCGCUAGCCUGCGAAGACUGUGGGCAAAGGUUUAACCAGCAGACGCAUCUUAAGGCACACAUGCGAGUGCACACAGGAGAGAAACCCUUUCAAUGUAGUGACUGUGAUAAAACGUUUAAACGAAAGACGCACCUUAAGACCCACAUGAGAGUCCACACUGGAGAGAAACCUUUCGGUUGCAAGGACUGCGGUAAAAGGUUUUACCGAAACACAGAUCUUAAGACUCACUUGAGAGUCCACACGGGAGAGAAACCGUUUGGAUGCGACGAGUGCGGCCAGAGGUUCAACCAAAAGACGCAUCUUAAGGAGCACAUGAGGCUCCACACGGGAGAGAAACCCUUUCACUGCAACAAAUGCGGCAAGAGAUUUAAUCGUAAGACGCAUCUUAACUCACACAUGAGAGUCCACGCAGAAUGAAAACGUCAAGGCUGCUUGGUUUGUUGUAAGAGAUUAUUUGCCGUGUGGAGGCAAGUCUGCAAGAACCACAGCAUUUUUUUUAUUGUCCUGUAACGUUUACGUUUUUUAAGCUUUCUUCAGUGCGUAGUUCAGAAUAUUUUAAACAAAAUGAUAUUUGCUUCAUCUGCUGGAUGUUUAAUGAAAUACUAAUGCUGAGGCUUCUUUAGUUUCCCUAAGCUAACCUCAGGUUUUGUUAUUUAAAGAACUCAAGUAGAAAACAACUGUACUGUUACUAAAAACACUUAAUUUAAGCCUGCGCUACGUAUUAACUCUCUGUUGGGCUCUGUUGUAUGUCAGUCCACACCAAUACUUGUGCUCGUACAAAGACUUUUUUAUAAUGUGUUUUGAUGUUUAAGCAGUGAGUCUGAAUGAAACUAAUCUGAACAGAAAACAUAAUUUAAAAACUGUUAUGGUGGAUUAUUAUGGUAGUCCUUAUUAGGGUUGGGCAAUUGGACGAAUAUAUCGACUAGUUUUACAAGGGCGAUUUAUUUAUUUGUUUGCCCAUGAGCAAGUUUGCUAAUAAUGAUGGAGCUAAUAAAAGCAGUCAACAGAAAAAAAUAAUAGCGCUGUUUUAACAGCACCCUCUUUCAUCUGCGAGCAAAUGCCCCCACCUCAGAGUGCGCCCAAGUGCUUGUUGAUGUGGCUGCAGAAGCUGUUGAUAGCCUAGCAUACUCAGCCGGAUGGUGGACACGUGCAUGCUCAUGCAAGUUAGUCGUGUUUGAGUACUUUGCUCGAACUAUACGUCUGCACAAGUGGCACACCGCUUUGGUUAUAUCCUUAGGUUUACCUCUUUCACCUGGUUUAAGGCCAAAGAAAUCCCAAAUUGGCAACUUUUAAUUUUUUAGUGCUGUCAGCGUUAACACUCCUUCAUCAUGACUAACGCGAUUAACAAUUAACCCAUCUGGAGCACAGCCUGAGUCAAAAUCCCUGAAAUAUCUCUGUCAACGCAUUUCGGCAGUUUGUCCUAAUUUUGUUCAUUCUGCGCUCCAGAUGGAUCGAGAGCGUUAAAAAUUUUAAUCGUGAUGACCGCGUUUAAGCCGUGUUAACGCUGACAGCGGUUUUUUGCUUUGUUUUUUUGGAAAUUAGUUCAUCCAUGUUUGAACUUCUUCUGUGGUGUAAACGUGCAUGAUUACAUGGCCCCGCCCAUCAAGACGUCUGCGCACGCACGAAUAUAUGGCCCAUCGGCGAUUGUUGGACUGACGAUUGCCGGUUGGAAAAUUUUUACAUAUCGCCCAACCCUAGUUCCCAUGUAGCAUCACUAAAUGAAUGUUUUUUUUUCUUUUACUAUGUGCUACUGGCAGGUUCACUGAAAAAUACUACUUUGUAAUAUAAUAUACAUUUCAGCCAAUCCUGUUUGUAAAAUGUAUGUCCUGUAAUGUAAAUGACUUUCAGAUUCAGCUGCCUGUUGACGAGAACACUACUACAUGUACUGCUGUAUUUGCAUGUUGUCUCUCAAAGUGUUUUAUUAAAGGUGUGUUCCUGUA